GUCUUUCGCCGCGGUGCGCGUGGUCACACAGCUUCCGAGAACAAAGCUCGAAGCACACAUUGGGAGUUCAAUGUAUAGAUAGCCUAUCGCUCGCUCGCAAACAAUGUGAAAAUGUCCAAGAACUCAAAUCGUCUGUCAUUCGAUCCACUAGGUGCCAUUGCCAAAUACAACAGUCUUCAAGCUCAUUUUCUCAACCCCACAUUUCCAGCCAACAUGUCUGCUCCUCAAGCCUUAGAGACCUCCCGCCUUGAUGGCAAGGUCGCUCUUGUCACCGGUUCCGGCCGUGGCAUUGGUGCCGCCAUGGCAGUCGAGCUCGCCCGCCGCGGUGCAAAGGUCGUUGUUAACUACGCCAACUCGCUUGAGGCAGCGAACAAGAUCGUAGACCAGAUCAAGCAAAACGGCGGCGAGGCCAUCGCCAUCAAGGCCGACGUCGGAGAUGUCUCACAAACCACCAAGCUGAUGGAGGAGGCCAAAGCACACUUCGGCAAGCUCGACAUCGUCUGCUCCAACUCCGGUGUCGUUUCCUUCGGUCACUUCGGUGACGUCUCCGAGGAGGAGUUCGACCGCGUCUUCCGCAUCAAUACUCGCGGUCAAUUCUUCGUUGCCCGCGAGGCCUACAAGCAUCUCGAGGUCGGCGGCCGCAUCAUCCUCAUGGGCUCGAUCACCGGGCAGGCCAAGGGUGUGCCCAAGCACGCCGUCUACUCAGGAUCCAAGGGUGCCAUUGAGACCUUCGUUCGCUGCAUGGCCAUUGAUGCCGGUGACAAGAAGAUCACUGUCAACUGCAUCGCGCCUGGUGGCAUCAAGACCGACAUGUACCACGCCGUCUGCCGCGAGUACAUUCCCAACGGCGAGAACCUUACUGAUGAUCAGGUCGAUGAGGUAUGUAUCAUCCCUAAAGCUGACAUCGAGGAUCCAUCAUUGACAUUGCAAUCGCAGUACGCCGCCACAUGGUCCCCUCUAGCCCGUGUCGGUCAGCCCAUUGAUAUCGCCCGUGUCGUAUGCUUCCUUGCCUCGCAGGAUGGUGAAUGGAUCAACGGCAAGGUCAUCGGCAUUGACGGUGCUGCCUGUAAGUUCUUUUGUUCGUCGUCAUCUUCUAGAUUAAUGCUAAUCCUUGUCACAGGCAUGUAAGCGCAUGGUCUUGUUAUAGGCUCGCUUCUCUCCUCUAGUCCACCAUUCAUUGGAUGCUACUCUGUAAAGGGGUAGCAGCGUUGACGAUUUCCCCAACAAGGCCAAUGGCAGAAUUAUUGAUGCACAGCAUUUCCCGGGUUCACAGCUGUCUUAUGAGAUUUGGCGAAGGCGCAACAGGGGUUUUGCUAUGACAAGGACUGUCUCCUGGCCAUGGCGGUCAUGUCUACGAUAU